UUUUUCACAAAUUUCGAACUAGUAUCGGCUAAUUUUACCGAUAUAUAUCGGCCAAUCACGUGACUACCAAAGUGUCCAAAUUUCGCCGGGAAAGCAGUUUUAUCGCUUCUUUAAUUGAGAGCGGUUCUGCCUAAUACUCUUUUUCUUGGUUACUUUUAUUUCUCUCUUAUCAAAAGGCGGCUCUGGACUGUCUCUCUUAUCCAAAACGGACGUAUGGCACGGGAUUUAACACUUUGUUUGCGAGCGUGGUGGCUUGCAAAUUGAAGCGAGAGAAACGCGCGAACCUCUUAUUUGUGUCAAAUAAUAUACGUUGAUUAAUAAACAAUUCUUUUGACUAAGUUUCUCUUAUCCAAAAACGGACGUAUGGCACGGGAUUUAACACUUUGUAAGCGAGUUUGCGAGCGUGGUGGCUUGCAAAUUGAGGCGAGAGAAACGCGCGAACCCCUUAUUUGUGUCAAAUAAUAUACGUUGAUUAAUAACGAAUUCUUAUGACGAGUUUCUCUUAUCCAAAACGGACGUACGGCGGCACGGGAUUCAACACUUCGUAUACGAGUUUGCGAGCGUGGUGGCUUGCAAAUUGAAGCAAGAGAAACGCGUGAGCCACUUAUUUGUGUCAAAUAAUUUACGUUGGUUGAUAAAGAAUUCUUUUGACUAUGUUUCUCUUAUCCAAAACGGACGUAUGGCACGGGAUUUAACUCUUUGUAAGCGAGCGUGGUGGCCUUGCUAAUUGAAGCGAGAGAAACAUGUGAACGACUUAUUUGUGUCAAAUAAUAUACGUUGAUUAAUAAAGAAUUCUCGCCGUUUCCACUUUCCACGGCCUUGGAUUCCCCUUGCGCCUCGUUCAAGGCGCGAUUUAACUUCUUGUAUUGAUAUGCAAUAGAUGGCUGGUUCUAGCGGUCAGAGCAAAGUAUGGCAAUACUUCGUGUGCCAUAAUGAUGGCGUAAUUUGUAAAAUAUGCUUAUCAUUAUUAAGUCGAAAGGUUCCGCCGAUUUAAAAAGAAAGAUGGGUAUAAUUUGUAGAGCCAUCUCAAAGCAAAACACAGGAGCAAGUAUGAUUGGAGCCAAUGCAGAAAAGCAUUGAAACCAAUGCAGAAAAACUCUGCUCAACUACAUCUGAGAACGUUGAACUGGAUCUAUUGAGAUUCAUAAGCUUCCUGCCCUUACAAAUUUACAAUAAGUGUUCUUUCUUGCCACGUACACAAUUGCAUGAGCUCAACAUUUCAUUUAUUUUCCAAGAAAAACACAAUAUUCUCAGAGUGUUGCUUGUUACUUGUAGCCAUAUUUGUAGAAUCGGCCGAUGUCGUUGUUAUUGGUGGAGGGGUCAUAGGAUGUAGUACAGCGUAUCAUCUUGCCAAGUUGGAAAUAGGAAAAGUCGUUCUCGUCGAAAAAGAAAAAAUAGGCUCGGGGACUACGGGGAUUACUGGAGGAAUACUCCAAAAUCUUAGCAAUUCUUACGCGAGGACAACGAUGCAAGUUCAAACUGUUGAUUUAUUGACAAAUAUACUUCCGAGUGAAGGUGUCGAAUCUGGUUUUACGGAGACAGGUGCAAUAUUUGUUACAAGAAAGUCGAGUGAAUUGAACGCUCUGGCGAAAAUGAGUUCGAUUGGAACCGCUUGCGGUGUUACGUCCCACCUCGUCAGCGUUGAAGAAAUAUCGCAAUUGCAUCCUCAUUUGAACACAAAGGGGCUUGUCGGUGGAGUUUACAUACCCCGUGAUGGGUCAAUUGAUCCGGGCAUUCUCUGCAGUUCAUUGAAGAAGGCGGCAACAAAACACGGGGUUGAGAUAUAUGAGCAAUGUUUGAUCAAAAAUAUUGAAACAUCGCGGAGUGGACAAGUGGAAUCUGUAGAGACCGAUAAAGGAAUAAUUAAGACCAACAAAGUCGUGAAUUGUUCCGGGAUAUGGGCUUCAGAUAUUGCAGAGAUGGUUGGAUUGAAGCUGCCACACGUUACUUACAAAAGAUGUUAUGCUGUCACUCAAGAAAUUCCCGGAAUCGAGAAUACGCCUCAUAUAUUUGACCUACAAUGUGGAAGGUAUUAUAAAAACCAGGGUAGCACAUUGCUCUUUGGUGGUCAUGAGAAGAAUCCGAUAGAGAUUAAAAAGGUUCCAGAAAACUUCGCCUUCAGCUUCACUAAUUCUGAUUGGUUGCAGUUCGAACCUCAUGUUAAAUCGGCUUUUGAAUUGCUGCCUUGCAUAAAGAAAGCUGGUUUUGAAUCAAUAACUUGUGGGCCAGAUUCAUUCACUCCGGAUGGCUAUCCGUUGAUGGGAGAAUCUACAGAUGUCAAAGGAUUUUUCAAUGGAACCUCAUUUAACGGCGGGGGGAUGAUGAUGAGUGGCGGAGCAGGACGACAACUUGCACAUUGGGUCGCAUAUGGGCGUCCAGAGUUUGACAUGAGCACAUGCGAUAUAAAUCGAUUCCCGCGAAACCAUGACGUUGAGAAGGUAAAGAGAAGUUGUCACAAAACCUUCACUACAAAACAUGAAUUGAAACAUUUUUAGUGGACUAAUCCAUAGUUUACUUUCAGUUUAUAUGCAGUCAUUUGCGAUAUAUAUUUGAAAUGUUGAUGAAAUUUUUUGAGUUUAAAGUUUUUCUGUACACCACAUCUUGAUAUAUUCCCUCCCAAGAUGAUGAUACUUUACAUAUUUGGUUUCUAUUCUUGACCAAAAUCAACAUAUAUAUAUAUAUAUAUACAUUCUAUUGUACUUAUUGAUUAAUGCCAGGUCGUAUCCCUGAGUCAGGGGCACACCGCCUAAAUGGGCAUAUAAUUUAUUUAAUCAGAACGGUUACCUCAAGUUCAACUAAUUACUCUAGUCUUUGCCUCUUUUUAUUGUACAAAAAAAAUCCAUUCACAUAUCAAUCUACUGUUCAGUUUGCAGUUGAGAGGUCAGUUCAGAGUUCGCAGUCAUGAUUUUAUCCAAAGACUGUAAACGUCUUGUUGCGUAUGACAUGGCCCCUAUAUUCGAAAGAUAGAUAUAGUGCAU